CCCUCUUCUUCUUACUAUUUCCUAUUUUCUCCCUUUCCCUUCCCUCAUAUAAUUCUCUUUCUCUCUUUAUACUGUGAAGUUACUCUAUCUUUCGUCAGCCAUAUUUAUAUAUCAGCAAAGUUGCAGUAUUUCAACAAGUCUCAGAAGCAGGUGCAGCUGCAGCAGCAGGCACUUGUGACUCUUUGAAACACACAGAUUUUAUCCUCUUUAAGUUAGUUGAAUAACGGUUAUUUACUAUACCCAUUUUGCCCUCUCUGAACAACAUCUUCUUUUUCGAAAAAAACUACUGUUUUGAUCAGCUUUUACCGAGAAAACGAGGAAAGAAGAAAUAUUUGGGAUCUCUUUCAAAAAAGAUGAUCACUUGGGGAGAUCUUUACACCGUUUUAACGGCGGUGAUCCCACUUUACGUGGCUAUGAUCUUAGCUUACGGCUCUGUGCGUUGGUGGAAAAUUUUCUCCCCUGACCAGUGCUCAGGAAUCAACCGCUUUGUCGCCAUAUUUGCUGUUCCUCUAUUGUCUUUCCAUUUCAUUUCGAUCAACGACCCUUACGCCAUGAACUUCAGGUUCAUCGCAGCUGACACCCUUCAAAAAAUCAUAAUGUUAUUUGUGCUUGGGUUGUGGACUAAUUUCACUAGAAAUGGAAGCCUGGAAUGGAUGAUCACAAUUUUCUCUUUAUCCACUCUUCCCAACACUCUAGUCAUGGGCAUUCCUCUAUUAAUCGCCAUGUACGGUAACUAUUCAGGAAUGCUAAUGGUUCAGGUCGUGGUUCUUCAGUGUAUUAUUUGGUACACUCUUAUUCUUUUCCUUUUCGAGUACCGUGGUGCCAAAAUGCUUAUUAUGGAGCAGUUUCCCGAAACUGCGGCCUCCAUAAUUUCCUUUAAAGUUGAUUCCGAUGUGGUUUCACUUGAUGGCCGUGAUUUUCUUGAAGCCGACGCUGAAAUUGGAGAAGACGGGAAGCUUCACGUUACUGUGAGGAAAUCUAAUGCUUCCAGGAGGUCCUUGGGGCCUUGUUCGCUUACUGCAUUGACUCCGAGGCCAUCCAACCUUACUGGAGCUGAGAUAUACAGCUUGAGCUCCUCUCGGAAUCAAACUCCAAGAGGUUCCAAUUUUAACAACUCUGACUUUUAUUCCAUGAUGGGUAUUCAAGGAUUUCCUGGAAGGCAGUCUAAUUUCGGUCCAGCUGAUUUGUGCUCUGUUCAAUCCUCAAGAGGACCAACUCCAAGACCAUCAAAUUGUGAAGAAAAUUGCGCCGUCGUGGCUCCAAGAUUUGGAUUUUAUCCAGCACAGACAGCUCCUAGCUCGUACCCUGCUCCAAAUCCCGAAUUUUCAUCCGUGACAAAGAACACUAAAAAUAGCCAGCCACAGCAGCAACAGCAGCAGCAGCAGCAGGAGAAUAAUAAAGUGAAUAAUGAUGCAAAGGAAUUGCACAUGUUUGUGUGGAGUUCCAGUGCUUCGCCGGUAUCAGAAGGCGCUGGACUUCACGUCUUCGGUGAGACGGAUUAUGGAGACUCCGAGCAAUCUGGACGGUCUGAUCAGGGAGCUAAAGAGAUCAGGAUGUUGGUUGCUGAUCACCCUCAAAACGGGGAAAAUAAAGCUACGCCAGCCAGUGGUGACUUUAAUGGAGAGAACAUUAGCUUUGCUGGGAAAGAUGCGGAGGAGGAGAAAGAAAAAGAAGGGCCCAAUGGACUCAAUAAGUUGGGGUCCAGUUCAAUGGCUGAGCGGCACCCUAAAGCCGCCCGAGCACCUGCGUUGGGUGGUGGCAAACAAAUGCCUCCGGCGAGUGUAAUGACCCGCCUGAUCUUGAUCAUGGUCUGGCGCAAGCUUAUCCGAAACCCCAACACAUAUUCCAGCCUCAUUGGACUUGUUUGGUCCCUAAUUGCCUUUAGGUGGCAUGUGAGUAUGCCGAAAAUAAUAGAGAAGUCUAUCUCCAUCCUCUCAGAUGCUGGACUAGGAAUGGCCAUGUUUAGCUUAGGUCUGUUUAUGGCUCUGCAACCCAAGAUCAUCGCUUGUGGGAACUCUUUAGCUAUCUUUGCCAUGGCAGUUAGGUUCUUGACUGGUCCGGCUGUCAUGGCUGCAGCUUCAAUUGCCGUAGGGUUGCGAGGCACGCUCCUCCGCACCGCCAUUGUUCAGGCUGCUCUGCCACAAGGAAUUGUACCGUUUGUGUUUGCCAAAGAGUACAACGUUCACCCGGCAAUUCUUAGCACUGCGGUUAUCUUUGGGAUGCUGAUAGCAUUACCUAUAACGCUCGUGUACUACAUUCUUCUAGGAUUGUGAGGUUUUCUGUUUUUUUCUCCCGCCAGAACGAGGAGAAUAUUUAUGGGGUUGAUUGCGUGUUAUACGUUUGGGGAGCAUUGAUCAAAACCAGAUUUCGUUGUUAAUUAUAAAAUGAGGAUUUUCCGGCGAAGAAGAUUUUCAAUGGAAAAGAAUUUGCCAAAGGUUCCAAAAUUUUUGGAGCUAGCUUAGUUUUGACUCAGUGAUGUCCCCUGGUAUAAGGAUGAUGCCCCCAUUAAAAGCCAAGUUUAUCCAAUUUCCUAGAGUUUUGAGAAGAAAAGAAAAAGAAAAGAGGUGGUUCACUUGAUAUCUAAUUAAUUAUCUUAAUCUCCCUUUUGCUUUUAUUGUAAAGUUUAAUUUCAAAGUUAAUGUCUAUACUGCAAAGCGAAAAGGGCAUGAUUAAUGAAAUGAAGUAGAAAAAGGGUUUGUUUUUUUCAUUGUUUUUUUCUCUUUUUGUUUCGUUUUUAAUGUUGGUUUUGAUUUUCCGUAGAACCGGCAAUUAUUUGCGGUUGUCGUCUUUCUUUGGUUUUGUUUAGGAUAUUUCAUUGCUCAUUAGUCAUUCACCUUUAAUAGAUUCUUGGUUUGGACAAAAAAAAAAGGAAAAUUAUGGAGUGAAGGAUCCUUUUGAAAGCACAUUGUGGGUUUUCUUUUAUACUAUUUUGCUUGAAGACCCUUAUUUUUGUUGGUGGUGAAAAGUAGAAGAAAAGAAGGGGAGGUGAAGUCAAAAGCAAGUAUCCUAGAUAGGGUUAGCUUUUGCUUUUAGCUUUGAUGCCCCCACGACCCUACCCUACAAAAAGAAGUC